ACGGCCGCGGGGGGACCGUGCAUAUACAGCAGGCCACGAUGAGCUUAAGCCAGAGGCUGCAGUAGCAGCCCGAGAAUCUCAGCCGGGAGUGUGGGAUAUGCAGAGUUACCUUGGAUUUCCUUUUUCUUUCGAAAGCCUCGGCGAAAAUCUUAUUUUCAUCUGACAUCGAGUGCGCGCAGGCAUCCGUACGCCCCCGAGGGCGUACUGCAUCGGACGUGUUACCGCGACACACAUACCUCCCCCGCCGCCCGCCCGUCUGUCGCGUUUGUUCGGAGAGGUAACCGCACGUCCAGCUUAUAUUAUAUACACAAACAAUGGCUACGAGGGGCAACCAGCAAUGGGUACUCGGUACAGACGGCACCGACUUCGAGCACAGACAGAGGGUUGCCACGCAUUAUCAGAUUAGUGCAAUGAACAAGUCAAGACUGAAAUACUGUAUAUUUUUUCACUACUUACUCUUCUUCGUCAUGCUGGCUAAAUUGUCUGCCGAUAUUUUAGACCGCUUGAAUAUAUUCGUUUUAGAAAUAGAGGAGCUCCAAGUGCCACAGCCCCUGUGGUGGGAGUACAUUUGGUGCUUAAGUUUGUUUCUAUCAUUCCUUGGUCUGUCGGCAAUUAGGAAAAACAAAACCAAGACCAUGCAACAGUACAUGAUUGGCAUUCUACUGCUCGGAGUUGGACCUAUAUUUUAUGCUUUUGUUUAUUACUUCAAAGAUGUUUAUCAGUACCUAACGACUGGUGAGACGGAAAGCAUUGAAAUGUGGCAGGAAAUGCCGUAUGGAGUGUUGUGGUACGGAUUCAUCCUCGCGGCAUCUCAAGUUCAUGGUUUUACAAUGUACUUUUCAUACAAUCUCUUGACUGCAUGGCAAACCAAGAGGACAAAUUGAAACCUGUCAGUUUUAAAAGUGUGAGUGUGUAAAUAAAGUCAAUUAUGAAAAGUGGCAAUGGUACAAGGCACAAAAACAAACGGAAAAAAAAAAAAAAUUAACAAUGGUGGGUGUUCAUGCACAUUUGCAGCAAAUCAAUCAACUUCCACAGAAUCAUUCAUAAAAUUAUAGUUUGUAAGAAAUUAUAUUUUAUA